AUGGUCAAGAAGAGAAAGAACAAGUACGCCCGCCCUCCCGCACUGCCAUCACCCAUCACGCCGUGCUGCCCGCGACCUUCGACGCGCGCAAUGUCGAUACCCAUCUUGCUGCUCCUCGGCGUGGAAAGACGGGCCUCGACAAGGCGCGCGGUCACGGACAGCAUCGGCCGCAACAAGAAGGGCCGCGGCCACACCAAGCCCAUCCGCUGCAGCAACUGCUCGCGAUGCACCCCCAAGGAUAAGGCAAUCAAGCGCUUCACCAUCCGCAACAUGGUCGAGUCCGCUGCCAUCCGUGAUAUCUCGGAUGCCUCCGUCUUCCAGGAGUACACCGUCCCCAAGAUGUACCUCAAGCUGCAGUACUGUGUCUCUUGCGCCAUUCACGGCAAGAUUGUCCGUGUCCGUUCGAGAGUCGGUCGCCGCAACCGUGCUCCUCCCCCGCGUGUCCGCUACAACAAGGACGGCAAGAAGGUGACCCCCACCCAGACUGCCAAGGCUACCUAG